UCAGGGACUGAUUGGUGGUGCAAUUAUUGCUAUCCAGAAAUCAUGGAGGCGAUGGUUACAGUCAACGCGGGUUCUCUUGAGCUUCUCUAAAGCGACAGCCGACGGCCGGCCGUCCGUGCGCAACCCGCGUUUCUGACGGGCGGUGACGGUCCGGUCGUCUCCUUCCGCCAUUUCUCUUCUCCUUCCCAAGCUCCACCGCCGCCGCCACCACCACCACCGUCAUCAUCAUCCUGAAAAUGCUCUGCUCCGCCCCGGCCGACCGGUCCGGCCCGAACUGGCUGGACCGCCUCCGGUCAUCCAAGGGCUUCCCCACCGGCGACGGCGACGGCCUCGACCUCGAUCACUUCCUCGCCGAUCCCCAGAACCCUAGCCCGCCCACCCCGCCGGCGGCCUCCGAUCCGUCCACUUCCGAGUCGAUCCACUCGGUCCAGAGCCAAAUCACCACCCAAGACCACGCGCGCUUGGCGCGGGCCCAGAAGCCCGGCGGCGAGAAGGACUGGUACGGCAUCAUGACGGGCGUCCUGUCGGAGCUCUUCAACAUGGGCAGCGACGGCGAGGUGGAGAUCGCGAGGAGGGGCUCCAGGAAGCAACCGAACCCUAGGUUCUUCCCCAGCUCCGGGGCCCACGACGCUAGCGCCGGGGAGAAGAUCUCCGAUUGCGCGGCCGCGGCGGCGGCGGGGGCGGCGGGGGCGAGGGGAGAGAAUGCGGGGUGGAGGACGCCGUCGGCGGAUUUGGAGAGCGAUGCGGUGGACAGGACGGCGAGGGGCGCGAGUGCGGAUGGGGAAGAGGAGGAGGAGGAGGAGAAGGAGAGCGGGGACAAUAAGGAUUUGGUUGGGUACUCGAGGAGCGAAGUGACGGUGAUCGACACGAGCUGCGAGUCGUGGAAGUUCGAGAAGGUGUUGUACCGGAGGAAGAAUGUGUGGAAGGUCAGGGACAGGAAGGGGAAGGUGAGGAGCAGCAUUGGGAGGAAGAAGAGGAAAUUAGGGGGUGGAAGUGAGGAUGGGAUUGUGGGUGGGAAGAAGAAACUCAAGGUUUCGGGUUUGGAGGUUGAUGAAUUGAGUGAGGAACAGAAUAUUGAAAAUGGCAAAGCAGAAACCUCAAAGGAGCUGGCUCCUAAUCUCGAUAAAUCCUCCAAGACAAGGUUCCACCUCCAAUUUUGUGAGUCCCCCAGGAAGCGGAGGACGGGAGGCUCAUCUGUUGUACUUAUCAAAGGCAUUCCCACAGUCAAGAGCAAGAAAGCAAAAUUGUCCAAGAGUCAUAUCAAGCCUUCCUAAUGCAAAUUGUAAGGCUUGAUAAAACUGCAUAGCUAGAAUUGGGUAGUGGGAAUGCUUUUUUUAAUUAUAGAUUGCAAUUGGAUAGUGAAGAUUACCAUGUAAGGCUCAAUUCAAAUGUAAGCAGAGUGAACUCAUUUAAAUUUUUUUUUUUAAUUUUUGGGGAGGUCUCUAGAUUGGCGGUAUAUCCCGUGAAAUUGUCUGUGCCGACUCCAAAGCGGUAGUAGCUUUGUCUUUAGAAAUUGUUUUGAAGAACUAGAAACAUUGAAAUUGUUUUGAAGAACUAGAAA